AUGUAUGAUGAUGAUGAUGAUGAUGAUGAUGAUGAUGAUGAUGAUGAUGAUGAUGAUGAUGAUGAUGAUGAUGAUGAUGAUGAUGAUGAUGAUGAUGAUGAUGAUGAUGAUGAUGAUGAUGAUGAUGAUGAUGAUGAUGAUGAUGAUGAUGAUGAUGAUGAUGAUGAUGAUGAUGAUGAUGAUGAUGAUGAUGAUGAUGAUGAUGAUGAUGAUGAUGAUGAUGAUGAUGAUGAUGAUGAUGAUGAUGAUGAUGAUGAUGAUGAUGAUGAUGAUGAUGAUGAUGAUGAUGAUGAUGAUGAUGAUGAUGAUGAUGAUGAUGAUGAUGAUGAUGAUGAUGAUGAUGAUGAUGAUGAUGAUGAUGAUGAUGAUGAUGAUGAUGAUGAUGAUGAUGAUGAUGAUGAUGAUGAUGAUGAUGAUGAUGAUGAUGAUGAUGAUGAUGAUGAUGAUGAUGAUGAUGAUGAUGAUGAUGAUGAUGAUGAUGAUGAUGAUGAUGAUGAUGAUGAUGAUGAUGAUGAUGAUGAUGAUGAUGAUGAUGAUGAUGAUGAUGAUGAUGAUGAUGAUGAUGAUGAUGAUGAUGAUGAUGAUGAUGAUGAUGAUGAUGAUGAUGAUGAUGAUGAUGAUGAUGAUGAUGAUGAUGAUGAUGAUGAUGAUGAUGAUGAUGAUGAUGAUGAUGAUGAUGAUGAUGAUGAUGAUGAUGAUGAUGAUGAUGAUGAUGAUGAUGAUGAUAGUUAUCCUUGCUUUUGUUGA